AUGGCGGAUAUUUUUGAUAUGGAUGGCUAUGAGCACCAGCAGCAGCUCAAUAGUGGAUUUUCUAAACUACAGCUUGAACCAAACGGGCAUCAGCAACCGGUCCAGCUCAAUUAUAAACUACUAGACAACGAUAACGAUGAUGAUGACGACGGAGAUAAUAGUCGGAAUGGCCAUGUGCUCACUGAUGAUACCGAGGAAUACGACACCGUGCGAGAAUACUUCCCAAGCAAAAGCAAACCCAUCCUGAUUGACGCCAACCAGCAUUCACUGUUGAGCAUCCCCAGUAUACAAACGAUGAACAGCAAACCACGGCCACGGCGCAAGUCCUCGAUUGUUUCCUCAUAUGAGAUCAAGAUCGGUCAAGAGGAUUACAUAUCAUCAAGCUUGGUGGUGGACAACACACCCAAGAUCAAAGGCACCCCGGAAAACCAAGGCUUUGUUGCGCCCUACAAGCCCAAGUUGUCGGAUUUUGAGCCGAUAAAAGUAUUGGGCAAGGGCUCCUAUGGCAAAGUGUUGCUCGUGCGUGAAGUGCGCACCGGUCGUUUGUUUGCCCUGAAACAGUUGCUCAAGGCUUCCCUCAUUAUAAAUCAGGAGGAAAGCGACCAAGCAGAGGAUAGCGGGAGCGACAGCGGGUGUGGGGGACCCAAGAUCGAUACGAGAAACUACCAGCGUACACUAAGCGAAAAGCAAAUUCUCGAAAUUGUCAAUCAUCCAAACAUCGUCAAGCUCUACUAUGCCUUCCAAGAUAACAACAAACUAUACCUCAUUCUCGAGUAUCUCCAAGGAGGCGAGUUAUUCCACCAUUUGUCAAUGGAGAAAUUCAUGAGCGAGAGAAAUGCAGCAUACUACAUUGCCCAAAUCAGCUUAGCUCUCCACUAUCUCCACACGAGAAUCCACGUCAUUUACCGCGAUUUGAAACCGGAAAACUGCAUGCUAAACUCUCGCGGCCACUUGGUGCUCACCGAUUUCGGAUUGAGUAAAGUUGCUCCUGACUCCAAAUCCAAGCUCAAUUCCAUGACGGGGACAAUCCAAUACAUGGCACCCGAAGUAAUCGAGGGACAGGAGUACGACUAUAUCGUCGAUUGGUGGAGCUUGGGCUGUGUCGCAUUUGACUUGCUAACGGGCUCGCCUCCGUUCCCAGGCACAAAUGCGCAACGCGUGCUUCAGAAAAUUCGCAAUUUCAAAAAAAAUCUCAAAUUCCCCUUUUACUUGAGCUCAGACGCAAAGGACUUGUUGCGGAAAUUGUUGCUGGUUAACCCCGAUAAACGCUUGAAUGUGGAUGUCGAAUGGGACAAGUUCAAAAAACAUAAUUUCUUCCGAUAUGUAGAUUGGAAGAAGUUGGAAAAAAUCGACGAGGGGGAUGAGAUCUUGCCUCCCAUCUUGCCCAUUAUAACUGACCCCAUCUUAGCGGAGAAUUUCGACUCCGAGUUCACCGAGAUGGAUUUCACACCACACCACCAGACGAGAUACUUGUCGCAACGAGAGACUUUUUACAUGAAGGAUUUCUCCUAUAUCAAUCCCAAUUUCUUGGAUAGUUUACAAACUAACGGAGAGGAGGAGACCAUUAUUGAAUAG